AUGAAUCGACUAAAGAUUGAAAGCGGCAAAGGCCAAUCGUCCUCAGAAAAUCCUCAACCACAAAGGCGCCUGCUGGAGAAUCCCCCACCUCCUGAAGUCUCCAACCCCCACAAGCCCGGGCGGCGCACAAACCAGCUCCAGUUCAUGCAGAAAAAGGUGGUGAAAGCUCUGUGGAAACACCCGUUUGCCUGGCCCUUCCACAAACCAGUGGAUGCCGUCGAACUUGGUUUACAUGAUUAUCACGAGACCAUCACCUCUCCCAUGGACUUGGGCUCCAUAAAGAAGAGACUGGAAAACAACUAUUACUGGAGCGCUGCGGAGUGCAUGCAAGACAUCAACACCAUGUUCACCAACUGUUACAUUUACAACAAGCCCACAGACGACAUUGUCCUGAUGGCUUUGGCCUUGGAGAAGGUUUUCCUCAACAAAGUGACCCAGAUGUCUGCCAGAGAAGUGGAGCUCAACCCACAGAAAGUGAAAGCCAGAAAAGGAAGUCAGGAAGGAAAUGUCCCAAAAUCUCCACCACAGCCCUCCAUCAAAACACAGAAGAAAGGAAACAAAAAGAUAAAAAAUGAGCUGAAGCGUCUGGCCACAAACGCCUUCCUGCCAGAGGGAAAGAAGAGACGGGAGAGCGAGGCCCGAGCGGGGGGCCCUCUGACUGAACAGCUCUGUUUCUGUGAAGAGGUCCUGAAGGAGCUGCUGUCCAAGAAGCACGAGGACUACGCCUGGCCCUUCUACCGCCCCGUGGACGCCCAGGCCCUGAGUCUGCACGACUACCACGACAUCAUCAAGUACCCCAUGGACCUGGGCACCAUCAAGACAAAGAUGGAGGCGCGGCAGUACCCAGACGCUCAGGCCUUCGCCGCCGACGUCCGACUGAUCUUUUCCAACUGCUACAAGUACAACCACCCCAAUCUGGACGUGGUCACCAAAGCCAGGAAACUGCAGGGCGUGUUCGAGCAGAGAUUUGCCAAAAUGCCGGAGGAAGCGGUCGACUCCAGUUCUACUUUAAGCACUUUACAUCUUGGGGCCGAGGAGAGGGACGUACCCAGCGACGAACCCAACAGAGUGGACGAGUUGCACGAGCAGCUUCGAGCCGUUCACGAACAGCUCAUGGCACUUUCAGAAGGGCCUGCGAACAACAGAAAACACAACAAAGACCAAAACAGUCAGCUCUCAGGUCACGGUGGCGCGGACAAUGACGCUGCGCCAAUGACGUACCAGGAGAAGCACCAGCUGAGCCUGGACAUCAACCGUUUGCCGGGUCUUGAAUUAGGCCGCGUGGUGCGUAUCAUCCAGAAGAGGGAGCCGUCGGCGGGGCAGUCGGACCCAGACGAGUUCGAGAUCGACUUUGAGGCACUGCAGCUCGCCACGCUGCGCAAAGUGCAGAGAUACGUGCGCCGCUGCCUCUACCAGCAAUUCCAGCAGUACCAGAGAGAAUGCAGUGACCCAGCGUCGCAGUCGCUCUACAGCAGCAGCUCCUCAGACUCCAGUGAAGAGUCCGGCUCCGAAACCUCAAACAUGUGA